AUGGCAAUGGAGAUCACUCAAUUCCUUGUGGCUGCUCAGUCAGAUGAUGCACGAGUCCGUAAUGGAGCUGAAGGAAGCCUCAUACAGUUCCAAGACCACCACUUGCCUCACUUUCUUCUAUCACUCUCCUUUGCACUCGCCAACGACGAUAAGCCUGUCGAGUCCCGCCAAUUGGCUGGUCUUCUGCUUAAGAAUUCUCUGGCCAAAGCAAUCGACACCGUCAUCAAAUCCCAGAUCAAGGAUCUAUUGCCUCAUCUACCAUGGAAGCAGGGCAUACUGCGGCGCAAGUUAUCGCAAAGGUACUAUGCGAACCUCCUCACUCGCCACAACCGAGCUCAGUUCGCCGAUGCAGCCCCGAAGACAGACGACGGAUCUUACUCUGUUCGCCAACCUUCACAGUCACACGCAAAUCGGAAGAGAAGAAGACCAGAAGCUUCCGAUCGUCGUUCCGAGAGGAGAAAUGUAGAUUACCGAAGAUCCGAUGCUUGA